UUUACAUUACACACGUCUAACUUCAAGGAUUCAAGGAGUAAUGUUACGGAACAUGUUAUAAAACUUUGAAUAAAUUAGCAAAUCGAGUUUGAUACAAUGUUUCAAGUAGUUGUGGAAUUUAUCCUAUAAUUACAUAGAGUACUGAUAAAAUUGUACGCGUGGCUGAAUCGUGCUUAUCUGUUCUAGUUGUUUGUUUGCUUGUCUUCGAGUGAACUUCGAAUGCCCUCGCCCGACCUCUCAGUUCCUCGGCCCGCUUAUCUUUAUCAGUGUGCAUAAAAUGAGACGACAGAAGGUUCAUACAGAAAAGUGCCCGUUUGUGUAAUAUAAGUAAACAUGGCCCAGACAAUGAUGAGAAAAAUUGUAAUGAGUGGAGCAUGUGUUGUGUUGGGAAUAACAAGACGAAGCAGCUCACGCUGUCUUGUUACAAGCAGCAACAAUGUAACUAUGAAAAAGAAAGAUCGAGUGCUACCAGAGGAGGAAGAGAUAACAAAAUCAGUUUUUAUGUCUCAAUCCACUGACAUUUACACCAAUUUGGCUCUCGAAGACUGGAUGUACCGUAACAUGGACUUUACUAACCAUCAUGUUAUGAUGGUUUGGAGAAAUGAGCCUAGUGUUGUUAUUGGUCGUCAUCAGAAUCCAUGGCUUGAAGCGAACAUUUCUCAUUUAACAGAGAAAGAUAUAUCCCUGGCCCGCCGCAACAGUGGAGGAGGUACUGUCUAUCAUGACCGUGGAAAUCUUAACAUUACAUUCUUCACUCCUCGGGAGAGAUAUGACAGAAAGUACAACUUGGAACUAAUCAAGAGAGCUAUAUUCAGAGGUUUUGGAAUCAAAUCUGUUAUUAAUAAACGUGAUGACAUUGUUGUUCGAGAUAAUUAUAAAAUUUCUGGAACAGCUGCAAAAUUGGGUCGUUUAACAGCAUAUCAUCAUUGUACACUUCUAGUCAAUGCAAAUAAAGCAGAUCUCAGCAAAGCCCUGGCAAAAAGAGAGCAUGGCAUACAGACAAAGGCGACGGAGUCAACGCGCUCUGCCGUGGCCAACCUGGCAGACAUUGAUCACAAGGUGACCGUGGACAGUCUGCAGACUGCUGUAGGCUAUGAGUACCUCCGUACCCCAGCUCUGCACCUCGAAGAUGGUGGACAAGGCUUGAUCAUGAAGCAGAGAGGCUUCCAGUUCGUGAACCCCACCGAUAAUUGGUUCCCAGGUCUUGCUGAACUGAAGCAAGAACUGCAAAGUUGGGACUGGUGUUUUGGCCGAACACCAGUUUUCACAGUGAGUCGCACUUUCCCCGUGCCGGCGGAGAUCCUCGCCCCUUCGAAGGUAUACACAGCCACGCAGGAGCUGGUCAUCAACAUGACUGUGGAGAAAGGAUUGAUCGAUGACGUGACUCUAUCUAUCCCUCCGGGACUCAUCGAGUCAGGUUUCCAUGGAGAGGCUUCGGUGAUAACACAUCUGAAAGGCAAGAGAUUCACUUCGGAAGCACUGAAUGCUCUGCAAGACGCAAUGCUCACACGUCACUUGAAUAGCGAUGUCAAAAAAUUGGACGAAAAAGAACAGUUUGUCGCUAAAUGUUUCGACCAAGUUGUCAAUACUAUUUAGAUUUAAAAAUUUAUAUUGUAUAUAAUAAAACUGGUAUUUGUAAAUU